AUGUCUGCCACUCCAACCCACACUCGGUCCGAGGAGACUCCAGAACCCCCAUCUUCCGAACCCAAUGAACACAAUCGGAUCAUGGGGAACCUCCCCAUGACCCGCGUGCAGGUUGCCAAUUAUGGACCAACCCCGAUCUCCCCUCUGCCUACCCCAUAUGGGAUCGUCGAGCACUACCGGCCCUAUGACCGAGCUCAACGUCAACAAUGGUACCCUCGGCGUGCCGCAUCCACCAGAGGCCGACGCCGGUGGAGCACCCCACCACCAACCCGACCUCCUAGCCAGAUGCUCACCCGACACAUCCCUACCCCACACAAUGUCUUUGAUACUGAAGAUGAUGACACGGACGGGGUCUCACCCACAAAUCCCCCGGGCAAUGUCACACCAACAGCCCCACGGCCCGUACGGAUUAGCGCUGAUGACACCAUCGGCCACCUGCCAUUCAAUUUGGUCCGGCAACUUGGCCUUGACUCUGUUGAUGUUGAACUCGCCGACCGCCUGAUUGAUACCUCCCCAGAAUACAGGUGGCCAUUAAGCGUCCUUCUCAUGGUCUCCGCCCAACAAGGACCUGUGCGUCCAAUGGCCCCUCGGCACCGCCCUCGACCUACUGCCGAACCCCGCGCCGAUCCCGAAACAUUUGCUUUUGAAGACUCCUUCAAUCAUUCGGUCCAUCCUCCUGAAUGGGACCUUGGACUAUUACAGUCACCCAACGCACACCACCCCAACCCGAUCGGUCAACCACCCAAUGCACUUGAUGUUUUAAAUCUAGCCAUGCUUCCCCCAGGAUACACCUCCUCCGAUCCCAGCUCGAUUGCGCACCUCCAACGAUUAUUCAAAGAGAAUAUCACCGAGGAGAAAGCUCGCUUACGUCGUACAAUCAUGGUGAAGAUAUCACCUUAUUAUUCGGCCCACGGACCCAUCCCAAACCUUGACGACCUCAUGGCAUACGUAUGGCACAAACAAAGGCCUGACCCAGACCUGCAGCCGGCACCUCUUGAACCCCCACCCCCGGGGCGCCAGGUCGACCGUGUGCGAAUUGCACACACUCGACUACACAUGCUUAACUACAAGUAUGGCUGGCCAGUCCCCUCAUCUUCCAACUGGACAACAUUCGACCGCGACCUCCAGGCCCUUGCAGGUCGAGAUUCCAUAUAUCGGCAGGCCCAUGCCAAUGCAAUUCUGCUCAGAGAUACCCUGCUAUUUAAUGGCCUCAACACCCUUGCAAGUAUUCCUGAGCCUGACCGGCGUCUCCCCAACGAGCGGGAGAUCGACCACCAGAUCAUGAUGAUCGAAGUCGGGGCAACCCUCUUGGAUAUCGGAGAGCCUGAGCUUGGCCGGGAGCACGAAGAAUGA